CUCCUCUCCGCCAGCCGCCAUGACCUCCGACUUCGCCACCUCCAUCGGCAGAAAGCUCUUCGAAAAGCACCUUCAAAAUUACACACCUGAAGACCCACUCUACGAGACGUACACGGACAAACGCGGGCGGCAGCGCAGGAGAAAGAGGGAGCUGCCGCCUGGAUUGAGUUCGCGCGACGCGAAGAUUCUCAAGUCCGUGAAACGACGGGCGCAUCACCUCGAUAAGGGAUUCAGUAUAUGUGGCAUGCGCUUUGGAUGGACGUUUUUCAUCGGUAUUGUUCCUGGAGCUGGUGAUAUAGCAAACGCAGCAUUGAACUAUGUUCUUGUGGUCAGAAAAGCAAGACGGGCGGACAUUCCUGAUUGGCUAUUAAGCCGCAUGCUUGUCAACAACGCCGUUUCUGCUGCCGUCGGCUUUGUCCCAAUAGUUGGAGACAUCAUGCUGGCCGUUUACAAGGCUAACUCCCGGAACGCCGCGCUGCUCGAGGAGUUCCUACGGAUACGAGGCGAAGAGGCUCUUAAGAUGGCAGAGGAGGCGCAGGCACAGGCACAGGCGGCCGUGAGCACUGGUGGGCCACCGGCGCGCGAAGAGAGGCCAAACAACAAGCGUGAGGGCAGCGGGUGGUUUGUGCGGAGGAACAAGGCAAAGGACACCACACCGGAGACAGCACCAAGUCCGCUCGUGAGCAUGAAUAGGGAUAGCCGGUUUAUUGAAAACGUGCCGUAGUGAGCGCGUCGGACCUUCACCUCAUUUUGUUACCCGAACGAACAUUGCGUCACAUACUACCUCACAAGCACACUUGUGUAUCAUGUUUGGAUUGGAUUUACUGUAGUAUAUAUGUUCCACGUUUAUCGCCACAAUGCGGAUAAGGCUCAUACGAUGAUUUU